AUGCUUUUCACACUAUUAUUGGUACUUGUAUUUUGGUUUCUACACUACCAGUGGAAGCGACGCCACCUUUACCACCACGCUAGUAAAAUCCCGGGUUCACGAGGAUGGCCCAUCGUUGGUAACCUUUUCCAAUUUACAGGCGACUCUGACGAAACCCAUGAUAAAAUUUUAAGAUACUUGGAUGCUUGUAAGGACAUUUCCAAAGCGUGGAUGGGUCCAACCCUUGUCUGUGGUAUCGUCAAACCUGAAUAUCUGGCCAAGUGUUUCAUGAGUCCCAGUACCACCGCUAGAUUAUACUUCGACCGAAAAGUUACCGAUUUCUUGGGGCAGGGACUUCUCACCGCUCCAAUACCUGUAUGGAAACGUCAUCGCAAAAUCAUACACCCCUUUUUCAGUGACAAAAUUAUCAACAGGUUUGUCGAAGUUUUCGGGAGACAGUCCAUUACUUUGGGUGAACAGUUGGAAAAGUACCUCGGUCAAAAAAACGUGGAUAUAUUUGAAAUAGUCAGAAAUUGUACGUUGGAUAUAUCUUUUGAAACCAUGUUGGGUGUCCAGCUCAAUGUACAACAAGGAGAAUCGGAACUAGGAAGGUGGACAGACAGACUCCUGGAGAUAAUGUUCCUUCGACUUUUUAAUUUUUGGUACCAGUACGAUUUUAUUUUUAAGUGGACGAAGUUGCACAAAGAAAACCAGCUACUUUUGAAGAAGUACCAACGUUAUCUGGAGGAAAUUAUCGGAAAGAAGGGCAAGGUUGUCAAAUCUGAGUUUGUGGUUCUGCUGGAUUUUUUGCUCGAUUUGUCUAGCAGUGGUACCAAAAUAACAACAGAGGAGAUUCUAGACGAAGUCAAAACUUUCGUAAUUGGGUCUUUCGACACCACCGCUCUCCUUUCUUGUUUUACCAUUACCAUGUUGGGCAUGCAUCCAGAUGUUCAAAAUCGCGUCUAUGAAGAAGUUCUCACCGUUCUAGGUCCUGAAAGAACUCCGGAUUAUCAGGAUUUACCUUCUCUUAAGUACACAGAACUGGUACUCAAGGAAACCCUCAGGUUGUUCCCCCCGAGUCCUUGUUUGGAACGACUAGUACUAGACGAUUUGCCUCUUGAUGGUGGUACCGUGAGCCUAAACCACUCAGUACUAAACUGUUUUUUCAGACGAUAUAACGCUUCCAAAGGGUUCGGUGGCUAUGCUGGCGGUACUCCCUGUCCAUCGAAGUACCGAAUACUGGCCGGACCCUCUACCAACCGACAUCCUUUUACCUACAUGCCGUUUUCUGCAGGACCUAUGAAUUGCAUAGGUCGAAAGUACGGAAUAAUGUCGACGAAAACCAUAAUUGCCAUUCUUAUCAGAAAAUUUAAAUUUCGUACUGAGUAUAAAACGGUCGACGAUAUUAAGCUAGGGGCUAAGCUUAUUUUGAGACCACGUGACGGCUUCAAAUGUUCUUUUGACUUAAGAUAG